GGGGUGCUCUUAAAGGGCCAGCGUGCCGGCGGGCGCGCACCCCGGACUGGCACAGCGGGCUCGUUUCCCCGUCCCCAGCCGGGACAAGCGGCCGCAGCCAUCUCUCCGUUCGCUCUCCCUCCCGCGCUCCUUCUGUCCCCUCCCUUCCAGCUAAGGAGGGCCCGGUGUCCCCCCGCCCGCUGCCUUGGUACGGCCCGGGCUCCCCCGCGGUGCCGCGUUGGCACGGCUCGCGCGGCCCCGUCAGGCGCGGCAAUAUGGCGGAGCGUAAAGGAACAGCGAAAGUGGAUUUCCUGAAGAAGAUUGAAAGAGAAGUCCAGCAGAAGUGGGACCAUGACCGAGUGUUUGAGAUCAAUGCUGCAGACAGGAGAGACCAGAGGAGCCAAGGGAAGUACUUUGUCACCUUUCCUUACCCCUACAUGAACGGCCGCCUGCACCUGGGACACACAUUUUCCUUAUCCAAAUGUGAGUUUGCAGUCGGGUACCAGAGGCUGAAGGGGAAGAGCUGCCUGUUUCCCUUUGGGCUGCACUGCACAGGGAUGCCCAUCAAGGCUUGUGCAGAUAAGCUGAAAAGAGAAAUGGAAUUGUAUGGUUGCCCACCAGAAUUUCCUGAUGAGGAGGAGGAAGAGGAAGAAAAUUCUGGUAAAAAAGAGGAAGAAAUUAUCAUCAAAGACAAAGCAAAAGGCAAAAAGAGCAAGGCUGCUGCCAAGACUGGCUCUUCCAAAUACCAGUGGGGGAUCAUGAAGUCUUUGGGUCUGUCUGAUGAAGAAGUGGUCAGUUUUUCUGAAGCUGAGCACUGGCUGGAUUAUUUCCCUCCCCUUGCUGUGCAGGAUCUGAAGAGCAUGGGACUGAAGGUGGACUGGAGGCGUUCCUUCAUCACCACAGAUGUCAACCCCUACUACGACUCCUUUGUGCGGUGGCAGUUCCUUACCCUGAAGGAAAGAAACAAGAUUAAGUUUGGCAAAAGAUACACAAUUUAUUCCCCUAAAGAUGGACAGCCUUGCAUGGAUCAUGACAGGCAAACAGGAGAGGGUGUUGGUCCUCAAGAAUACACACUGAUAAAAAUGAAGGUGUUGGAUCCUUACCCUGCAAAAUUGAGUGGCUUGAGAGGAAAAAACAUCUUCCUGGUGGCUGCCACGCUGAGGCCAGAGACCAUGUUUGGCCAGACCAACUGCUGGCUGAGGCCUGACAUGAAGUACAUUGGCUUUGAGACUGCCAGUGGGGACAUCUUCAUCUGCACCCAGAGGGCUGCCAGGAACAUGUCCUACCAGGGCUUCACCAGGGACAGCGGGGUCCUGCCCGUGGUCAAGGAGCUCAUGGGGGAGGAGAUUCUGGGUGCUGCACUUUCAGCACCCCUCAGCACCUACAAGGUCAUAUAUGCCCUGCCCAUGCUCACCAUCAAGGAGGAUAAAGGAACUGGAGUGGUGACAAGUGUUCCCUCAGACUCUCCAGAUGACUUUGCAGCCCUGAGAGACUUGAAAAAGAAGCAGGCUCUGAGGGUGAAGUAUGGCAUCAGGGAUGAAAUGGUCCUGCCAUUCGAGCCGGUGCCCAUCAUUGAAAUCCCAGACUUUGGCAACCUUUGUGCUCCAUUUAUCUGUGAUGAGCUCAAAAUCCAGAGCCAGAAUGACAGAGAGAAGCUUGCAGAGGCCAAGGAGAAAGUGUACCUGAAAGGAUUCUAUGAGGGAGUGAUGUUGGUGAGUGAAUUCAAGGGACAAAAAGUUCAAGAUGUCAAGAAACGUAUUCAGAAGCUGAUGUUGGAUAAGGGUGAGGCCAUGAUUUAUAUGGAGCCUGAGAAACAGGUGAUGUCGAGAUCUGCUGAUGAGUGUGUCGUGGCCCUUUGUGACCAGUGGUAUUUGGAUUAUGGUGAAGUGAGCUGGAAGAAGCAGGCAUCAGAGUGCUUGCAGCAUCUGGAGACGUUCUGUGAAGAGACCAGGAGAAAUUUUGAAGCUACCUUAGGUUGGCUACAAGAGCAUGCAUGCUCCAGGACGUAUGGCUUAGGGACCCGCUUGCCUUGGGAUGAGCAGUGGCUCAUUGAGUCCCUCUCUGACUCCACCAUCUACAUGGCCUAUUACACCGUGGCUCACCUGCUGCAGGGAGGGAACCUGAGGGGCCAAGGGGAAUCUCCUCUGGGCAUCAGGGCCCAUCAAAUGAGCAAAGAGGUUUGGGAUUACAUCUUCUUCAAGACAGCUCCAUUCCCUAAGACUGAGAUUCCAAAGGAAAAGUUGGACAAGCUGAAGGAGGAGUUUGAAUUUUGGUAUCCUGUGGAUCUCAGAGUUUCUGGCAAAGACCUUGUUCCCAAUCACCUGUCAUACUACCUCUACAACCACGUGGCCAUGUGGUCAGAGCAGAGAGACAAGUGGCCAGUAGCUGUGAGAGCCAAUGGACAUCUGCUCCUCAAUUCUGAGAAGAUGUCUAAAUCAACAGGGAACUUCCUCACCCUCACUCAAGCUGUUGACAAGUUUUCUGCAGAUGGCAUGCGUUUGGCCCUGGCUGAUGCUGGAGACACGGUGGAAGAUGCCAACUUUGUGGAAGCCAUGGCAGAUGCUGGGAUCCUUCGUCUCUACACGUGGGUGGAGUGGGUGAAGGAGAUGAUUGCAAACAGAGACAGCCUGAGGAGUGGCCCAGCCAGCACCUUCAAUGACAGAGUCUUUGCCAGUGAGAUGAAUGCAGGCAUAAUGAAGACAGACCAAAAUUAUGAGAAGAUGAUGUUUAAGGAAGCUCUGAAAACUGGGUUCUUUGAGUUUCAGGCUGCCAAGGACAAGUACCGGGAGCUGGCCAUCGAGGGCAUGCACAGGGACCUGGUGUUCCAGUUCAUCGAGGUGCAGACUCUGCUGCUGGCCCCCAUCUGCCCCCACCUGUGUGAGCACAUCUGGUCCCUGCUGGGGAAGGCUGGCUCCAUCAUGGGGGCCUCGUGGCCAGCAGCAGGGCCGGUGGACGAGGUGCUGAUCCGCUCCUCCCAGUACCUGACGGAGGCGGCUCACGACCUGCGCCUGCGCCUCAAGGGCUUCCUGGCUCCUGCCAAGGGGAAGAAGAGUGCUAAGGAGCCUCCCCAGAAGCCGUCUCACUGCACCAUCUACGUGGCGAGGAGCUACCCGCCCUGGCAGCACAGCGCGCUGUCGGUGCUGCGCCGCCACUUCCAGGCCAGUGGAGGUCAGCUGCCAGAUAACAAAGUAAUUGCCAGUGAGCUGAGCACCUUGCCAGAGCUGAAGAAGUACAUGAAGAAGGUGAUGCCUUUUGUUGCCAUGGUUAAGGAAAACUUGGAGAAAAAUGGUUCUCGUGUUCUUGAUCUUGAGCUGGAGUUUGAUGAGCGUGCAGUGCUCAUGGAGAACAUUGUUUAUUUGACAAAUUCCCUGGAGCUGGAUCACAUUGAGGUGAAGUUUGCAUCUGAAGCAGAAGAUAAAAUCAAAGAAGACUGCUGUCCUGGAAAACCAUUUUCUGUAUUCAGAACUGAGCCUGGUGUGCCUGUGUUCCUGGUGAACCCUCAGCCCUGCAGUGGCCACUUCUCCACGAGGAUGGACAUCAGGCAGGGGGACAGCAGGGAGAGCAUCGUGCGGCGCCUGAUGAAGGUGGACAGGGGCAUCAAAGAUCUCUCCAGAGUGAAGCUGAUGAGGUUUGAUGAUCCCGUGCUUGGGCCCCGCCGGGUUCCAGUCCUUGGCAAAGAGGAGGCAGGGAAAUCUCCCAUCCUGGAGCAAGCCACCUUCCACAUUGACCUGGCCCAGAGGCACGUCUGUGUCACUGAGAAUGGCCUGACCAGGGACAUUGGGGACACCAUUGUUUACCUGGUUCACUGAGCUGCCCCUGGCUGGGCUCCUGGAGGGACUUUGAACAUCUGUAUUAAACAAGGGGGAGAAUUUCUUCUGUGAAAAAACCAGCCCAUCCAAACCAACCUGACUUCACAUGUGUGUUGCCCCUGCUCUUUUAAACAGAGAUUUAAUAAAAUUAUUUUCCUCUG